UAAUGGCAGAAUCAAUAGUCCAAGAUUGGCUUUCGGAUUUUCAACGUAUACAGGGUCAACCUGAUGAGAUCAAAGAGUUCGCCGCCGAGCAUGACACAGACUCGGAAAUCGCAGAGGUUAUAUUCACCAUACUCAAUGAACGUCAACGACACGAGUCACUGGUCCACGAUAUAUGCCAACAGUUGUUGGCCUUCUAUCGCAGCACGGAAAAGACAUUGCAAAAGUUCCCCCUUCAAUUUAUACCUGUUCUAAUCUAUACGUACCUGCGUGCCGUAGCCGGUGGAGAUAAGAAGGGCGUACGUAGCCUGGAAACCCUGCUCAUAUGCAUUUACAAUGGAGAAGUGUCCACAGACGAUGGCAGUCCCAGAAUAGUACAAUUUCGUAUGCCGAUUUUGGCCCAGGCCUCUGUAUAUCAUGAAGAGAAGAAUUUGCCAAUGACCGAUUUGAGACGAUGGGAGGAGAAUUGUAAUCGAGAGGUGAAAUGGGGUCCACAUCCAAGAAUUGAAGCAAUAACAGCUCAGAAUCGUCUGAGAACAAUGACGGCAUUAUUAUUUUGCUAUAAUCAACAAGUUAGUCUAACGCAAAAAUCGGCAUUGAUUUAUUUGUGUCGGGUAGCGUCCCAAUUGGUCACCGAGGGUUUUACGGCGAAAAUGACACAUGCUCAUAGGAUCUCAUAUGGCUCUGAUCCAUCACUAAUGCCCAAAUCAAUGAUUCCACGCAUUCCGUUAUCCUCUGCAUUCCUUGUGGAAUUAGUGCAUGCCAUUUAUUUUGCCAUGUUCAAUGGUUUUGGUACAGUUGCCAUUCAGACGCUGGAAGAUAUCCAUAAUCGGGCAUGUUUCGAAAUGUAUACGGAAUUGAUAUUAAUUACGAGCGCUAUACGCAAUUCUCUACAUGCCAAUCCUUCGGGCCAGCCCAGUGAUGGACCUAUGGGCCUUAGUGUAGCUUUAACACCAUCCACCAAUACCGUAACCACCGCUGUAUCAAAAUCAAUGAUUACAAAUGCUUCAUUCCGUACGAAAAAGCUACCCGACGAUAUACCAAUCCAGGUGCAAGAUCUAACAAUGCCACAGGCACCUCAACAAUUGGCUAGUGUCACAGAAGAAACUGCCGAACAGACGCAAAAUGCUAAAGAAUCGUCGAGUCAACAGGGCUCGCGGAAUUCAAUAAUACGUCCCAGUAUGGAGGGUAUUAAGGCCCAGGCUCACAAAGCUUUAAUUGCUGGCUUCAAAAAGUCAAAAGACAAAGAAAAGGACAAGGAUAAAGAUAAGGACAAGGAAAAGGAUAUUACGAAAUCAUCAGCAGUUCAUCAAACUAAUGGCAGUGCAACGACAAAUAGUGCAGACAAUAUCAAACCACCGCAACGAAAAUUAGACAAACAUAUGCAGCGCAAUUCGUUGCUGCAACUGCAAAUGGAGGGUUCAACGACAUUGGACUUUGAAAAGAGCCCUGGUCCAACGGUCAAGUCUAAAAAUUAUGAUUCCAUAGACACCAUGGAAAUGUUGCCGAUGCAAACAUUGAUGGCCAAUGAAAGUGGCAGCAAUAGUUUUAGCAUUGACAGUGAUUUGAAUGGUGGCACUGCUGUCGGCGUAAUGUCUGGUGGUAGUGGUAUGGGUGGUAUUGGCGGCAUCAAUGUCAGCGGUACAGGAGGAUUAGGCAAUAACAGUAAUAACAAUAGUACAACCACCACCACAAGCAGUGACCUGUUAACGACAAAAAGUUUCGAUUCCAGUAUUGAAAUGCCGGCAAUUGGCAAUGCGACGUCCAUCGUAGGGGGUGUUAAAACGGCGAGUGAUACACACAUGGAUUAGUGAUUUUCUAAGGCUUCCAGUAGCCGGGCCUGGC